CGUUUGUUACAGAACACUAUUGAAGCAUGAGGUUUUUUUACAGCCUAGGCAGGGAACAUAAGGUUCGCUGGACAUUGAAUGAGUGUAAGACUCGCUUAACAAGGAACUAGUAUAGGAGGGCUCGGAAAAUAAUAAUAUUUGAUAACCCUUAUCAGGCAGAGGCGCACGAGAGAGAGAGACAAGCUUCGCCACGCUACCACCCCUAUCAUUCACUCCAGUCGCCGACGCCCUCACGACCACCACGACCAGGAUGGAACAGCACGAAGUAGUUCCUGAUGUUCUGGAUGAAGUCCCUCCUGAUGUGGUUCAGAUCAAAUACGCAGAGGCCGAAGUCAACAAUGGCAACGUGUUGACACCCACACAGGUCUUUUCCCCGCCCACCUACAUGAGCUGGCCGGCGAAGGAGAAUGCGCUCUAUACACUUUGCAUGACAGACCCGGACGCUCCCAGCCGUCAGGAGCCGAAAUUCCGCGAGUUUCACCACUGGCUCGUCGUCAACAUCCCCGGCAGCGACUUUGCCCGCGGUAACGUACUCUCAGACUACGUGGGAUCCGGACCUCCCAAGGGCACAGGUUUGCAUCGGUAUGUGUUCAUUGUGUACGAACAGCCAGGCGCCCCGACCACCGCCGCAGCUUCAGCAUCCGUAAAUUCGCCGCGAAGUACAACCUGCGACUGUCUGCGGGAAACUUCUACCAGGCGGAGUACGACCCGAGCACCGACCUGGUCCACAAGCAACUGGGACUUCGCAAGUGAUGAUGGUCCUUAUUAUAGAGUAAAAGCUCGUGUAAACCCUCAUGAAAGGAGAGGAAAUUGGAAUCUUCAUUGGAAUAUUUCUUAUUGAUAUUAUAGUUGUAAAAAAAAAAUACAAUUGGAAUUGUC